CUCGGUGAAUGGUAUAAAGCUGCCUGCCUAGUCUCCAACGACUGUUUUGUUUUUGUAGCAACAGCCAAAUCCUACAUUUACACCAGUCUAGCGCCCAGAACCAGGGAAAGUGAAGAAAAUAUGCUAUCGGAGUUCUGUCCCAGCUAUGGGCCUCUCUUCGGAGUCCUCGGCUGUACAAGCGCCAUUGUAUUCACGAGCAUCGGGGCAGCCUACGGAACAGCAAAGGCCGGGGUGGGCGUUUGUUCAUCGGGUGUGAUGCGGCCAGACUUGAUCGUCAAAAACAUCGUUCCCAUCGUUAUGGCCGGCAUCCUGGGCAUCUACGGCCUGGUGGUUUCGGUGCUGAUUGCCAACAAUCUCGCGCAGGAGAUGACUCUGUACACGAGUCUGCUUCAGCUGGGCGCCGGUCUGGCGGUUGGGCUUUGCGGACUGGCUGCUGGGUUUGCAAUUGGAAUUGUCGGCGAUGCAGGGGUGAGAGGAACUGCGCAGCAGUCGAGACUUUAUGUGGGCAUGAUUCUCAUUUUAAUCUUUGCUGAGGUCUUGGGAUUGUACGGCUUGAUUGUCGCGCUGUUGAUGAACUCCAGGGCAGGCGUUGUCGACUUCAAGUGCAGUAGCUGAUUCUUCAAGAUUCAGUCUGGCACGCUGGAUCUAUGAUAACAAGGUUGUGCGUGUAUUCCAAUACGCGCCUGCUCGACCCAUGGGAAAGCUUGAAUCCCUUAGACUCUCAGAAGUAACUGAGUAUACAUGUACACCUCAUAUGUUAUCCAUUAUGAGGUUAUACGUGCCUCCAGGAUAUUUCAUCAAGGUACCUUAAUGCUAUACAGUCGAGGAGUUUCUGUCCUGAGAGAAAUCAUAGAAAUUGUAUACUAGCGACUCUAUUAGCCAUGAGCCCAUUAGCCAAUAUGGACUCCGCCGAUUUGGUAGAUACUUGGCUAGCUUGGUUGAGAGGACUAACCUGCAAGUCUAUCC